AAAAACUACUAGUUCUAUGGCUAUGCAAAAGCAAAAGCUGUAUUUAAAUUUGCUAUUCUCUGCAGAUAAGUGCAGUUCUGUAGUUCGAUUUGGACCAGUAGACCCAUUAUGUAAAAAAGCCAGGCGAAUGGAGGUAUGGAGCUAUGACGAAGGACAUGAUAAGUGUUACAAAUGGUUUUUCAGAGGAUGCAGGAAAAUUAUUGAGAAUCACUAUCCAAGUGAAAAAUCCUGUCACGAAACAUGUGUCAAGUCUGGAAUUCUUCCCAAUAACUGCGUUAUACCAACAGAAUUAGCACCAUCAUUUUUCUUAAACGAUUGCCCUCGGAAAAAGGUCUGGAGUUAUGACCCGAAAAAGAACGAAUGCAUUGGUUGGCAUUUUUAUGGAUGUGUUCGUGGUAUAAAUGUUUAUGAUACAUAUUUAGACUGCAAAUAUAGUUGUAUUAAUAGACCCACUACAGUGAAUUGGUUUAAGGAAAACGAGAGCUGUCUUAAAAUAGUUCUGGUCGAGCACAAUUUAACCUGUCCUUCAAUUGAUGCUUGGAUGUAUGACUCCAUGGAUAAUAAAUGUAAGCCUAAGAUGUAUCAGACAUGUUUAUUCCCCAAGGGAGCUUUUCGCACUGAAGAUGAAUGCGCUGAUAAGUGUGUGGCCAAAGAAAAUUGGUAUGCUCCAAUAGCUUUUGAAGCAUUAUGCGAAUUGCCACUGAUACCAAUGCCAAAGAAAACCAAGUGUGACAAUGGAACAACCGUAUAUAGCUAUGCUUCUGAGGUCGACGAUUGUGUAAAGUGGGAUUACUUAGGUUGUGAAAUUGUAGGAAAUUACUAUUUAACUUACACUGAAUGCACAGAAGGUUGCGUCAGAAGUUUGGGCAUAAAUAGGAAUCGGAAUUAAAUCCAGUCGAAAAAAAUUAUAAGAAGCAUUUAUAUAGAAAACCUCCUAGUUUCUAAAUAAAACUGCCUUUACGAAUUCAAAUACAGUGAAAC